AUGGUUUAUUUAUUAGAAAAAAAUGAAGAUAAUCAUUCAGUUGAAGAUUCACCACAUCAUGUAAUGAAAAUAUUAAGAAAAAGUAAAUAUUCAAAAUGUUUUCAAAAAGAAGUUCAAAUGGCAAAAAAAUUAAAACGGUUUAAUAAUUUAAAUAAAUUUCAUUUAUUUUUUCGAGAUAUUCUAUAUCUAUUGUCUUCAGAUAAAUAUUUAUUCUAUGAAAAACAAUUACAAUGUAUAGAAUCAUUAUCAUUGAUACAAUCGAAACAACUUAUUGAUAUAAUUCAUUAUUUAUAUGAUUGUCGUGUUAUUCAUCGUGAUAGUAAUCAUAUAAAGUUAAUUGAUUUCGUUUUUGCAUUUGCAUUUAAUAUGGAUAACAAAGGGAGCAGCAUAGAAAUAAUAGGUCCACUUACAUAUGCUAGUGAACCAUUUUUAGAUUUGUAUUUAGAAUUAUUAUCUGACCGGGGUUUCCCAUAUUAUUUUUCUGAACGAACUUUUGAUUUAAUAUGUGCAUUAAAUAUUAUAAUGGCUAUGAGUAAUGUUGAUAUCGAACGAAGUAGUAUUAAAAUCAUUGCAAUCAUGGAAAGAUACUCAACGUACAAAUAA